CAAAGCGGUGCUAUUUGGGUACUUGUCACGCGUUUGUGUACUUUUGCCGGGGGAUAAAAAUGGGUCUACUCUCAAUCCUGCGGAAGCUGAAAAGUGUACCUGAUCAAGAAUUACGAAUCCUUCUUCUGGGGUUGGACAAUGCUGGGAAAACCACUCUACUCAAACAACUUGCUUCUGAAGAUGUAGCCCAGAUUACACCAACACAGGGAUUCAACAUUAAGAGUGUUCAGUCUCAAGGCUUCAAGCUGAAUGUCUGGGACAUUGGAGGGCAAAGAAAAAUCCGACCAUACUGGAGAAAUUAUUUUGAGAACACUGAUAUAUUGAUCUAUGUGAUUGACAGUGCGGAUAGGAAGAGAUUCGAAGAGACUGGUCAGGAGCUGGCUGACUUACUUGAGGAGGAAAAACUGGCUGGGGUCCCAGUUUUAUUUUUUGCUAACAAGCAGGACCUAUUGACAUCAGCCCCUGCGUCAGAGAUUGCAGAAGGACUGAACCUUCAUCUUAUCCGAGACAGAGUCUGGCAAAUCCAGGCCUGCUCUGCUACAACUGGAGAGGGAGUGCAGGAAGGAAUGACUUGGGUUUGUAAGAACAUGACAGGGAAGAAGAAAGGGCAUCAAUGAAAGAAGACAAUUAAGAAGAGAUGUCUCUUUGUAAAUUACAAUUAUUUAUUGAACAGUCCAUAAAAUAUAAGCUUUAAAUUCAUCUCUCAGUUUUGAUGAAUAGAGGGGUAAUACUUUUUUACCAGUGAAGAAAGCGGAAUGAGAGUACAGUAAAACAUGCCCCGCUGAAAGCUGUAAAGAGAAAUACAGUUGGCUGUAAGAUUCUUGCUAUAACAUUUGUUUGAGAAAAGGCCACUGUAACAGUAGAUCAUAACAUUUGGGUUUAUCCACCUUUUCUUCAGCCAGAAUUUUUCCAUAUUCUUUUUGAGACGCCAGGGCUGGUUUCAUGUUUUGCUUAGGUACCAACAUAGGUACUGUGAGGUUCUGUGGCAUAUUACAUUUUUUAAAAGCCUUCACUGAAUUAUCACCUGUGACAGGCAAACUUACAUUUAUAUAAAAGUAAUCAAACUAUGUUAAGAAUUUCACAAUUUCAAAUGCUAUACAUCACAUAUACUGUUAUAUAGCCAAAGCAACAUUAUAUAAAUAUGUUUUCCAGCAUGGCAUAUUCUAUACUGUUCCCUACUCUCUUCAGUUCUUCCAGAUUGAAUUCCUACAAGAAUGAAUGCUUGUGGUAGACAGGAAACUCUUCUUAUGUGAAUUACAGAACCUUUAAUUCAAUAAAAAAAGAAGUUAUGUACUCACCAUAA